CUGGAGCACGCCAUUCUCUUCGCGGGGCCGUCCGGAGCGGGCGAGGGCAAACUGCUCCCCGCGGCGCUCGGCGAGGAGGACAUCCUGCCCCGCGCGGGCGAAGACUCCGCGGUGACGGCCGGCCCCGCGCACUGGCGCUACAGCGAGGGAGCGCGCGGCGAGAUG